CUCACUCAGACACACACAUUGCUGUGGAUGGCGAGCGAGCUGCAAACAGACCAACAGUAGUCGCUACUUGCGUGGGGAAAAAAAGAGGAAUGGAGUGAGUGUCGGAUGAGGGAGAGGAGGAAGAGCGAGCGAGGAAGAGUUACCGGAAUGUGAACCGUCAGAGGGACUCUGUCCGGUCACAUUUGGUGUCUCAGUGUCACCGGGAGCUGAAGAGGAGAUCCCAAACUGCCUCGUUUUCUCUCCUCGGAUAGGAAACGUAUUAUUCCUGAACUGAUAGAACUCGGUUUGACCUCCUGACCUCAACUUUCCCAGAGUUUUCACGUUGUUGGCGUGGAUUGGUUUUUACCACAUGACUGGACAGGAACAGUUUGUCCGAGGUAACAAAAAGCCUGCCUGAGUGACUCGGGUAUUUCCAGAACCUGAGACAGCCAGCGUUGCCCUCAGCAGCUUCAUGCAGUGCUUACACAAGAGCUGAGUUUUAAAGUAGGCCUCUAUUAAAUCUUGGACAAAUGAAACCGAUCCUGGCUCCUCUGUGCAGGUACAACUCACACAAAGCUAUAUGGAAAACAUUGAGAAACUACAAGAAAUAAUUGCUUUUAACUGACUAUUUUUUUGUUGAUCUCAAACCGGAACAAAGUUGCCCUGAAGACCUCCGAGAGAUAGAAGUUCAGCCGGCUCGUCCUGCAGGACUCUGUGGUUGGUGGUGCUUUUGCUCACAGUUGCACACAUACAUCUCAACAAAAUGAUUAUUUGAUUAUUUGACUAAGCAGGAAGACCUAGACACGGGAGGUGAACAUUUUUUUAAUGACGGAGAGAAGCUGAACUGCUGACAGCUCGAACACGUGGAUCAUCAGCAGAUGGAGAGGAAGGAGGAGGUGAAGUCCAUGUCUCUGCCGGCCAACCUGAGCUGCCUGCAGGGCGCCGGGGGGGCGGAGGGGGAGGAGGCGGCACUGGCCACGCUGGAGAAACAGCUCAUCUGUCCCAUCUGUCUGGAGCUCUUCAACAAACCGGUGGUCAUCCUGCCCUGCCAGCACAACCUGUGCAGGAAGUGUGCCAACGAGCUCUACCAGCCGUCCCUGUUCCAGGCUCGCACCACCAUGCAGGUGAACAGCGGGCGUUUCCGCUGUCCGUCCUGCCGCCACGAGGUGGUGCUGGAUCGCCACGGCGUCUACGGCCUGCAGCGGAACCUGCUGGUGGAGAACAUCAUCGACGUCUACAAACAGGAAGUCAGCAACAACAGCAAUGCCACAAGCCCCCUCCCUCUUCCUCCACCUUGUGCUCAGCUGACGUGUUCAGACCAUGAGGGCGAGAAGGUCAACAUCUACUGUCUCACCUGUCAGCUUCCUACCUGUUCUCUCUGUAAAGUGUUCGGGGCUCAUCAGGCCUGCCAGGUGGCUCCUCUGACAGACAUCUGCCAGCAGCACAAGGAUGAGCUGAGUGAAGCAGUCAGCUCUCUGGCUGCGGUCAACGACAAAGUCCAGACUAUGAUUAAUGAGCUGGAGGAGACGUGCAGAAACAUAGAGGAGAACUGUAAGACUCAGAAACAAAGUGUGUGUGAGACGUUCGGCCGUGUGUUCUCCAUCCUGGAGGAGAGACAGAAGGCGAUGACGCAGCGAAUCAGCACCGAGCAGGAAGAGAAGACAGGCCACGCCCAGGCGCUGAUGCGUUGCUAUGGAGACAGCGUGGUGGCCAACAGCAAACUGGUGGAGCGAGCAGUGAGCAGCAUGGAGGAGCCAGACAUGGUUGCUUUUGUUCAGAAUUCAAAGGAGCUGAUCACAAAAGUGAUAACAGCCAGCGGCUCCUGUCCAGCUGAGACUCUGAAACCAGGCUGUGAGAGUUUCAGCCACUACAGAUUUGACUUCAGCAGACAGGAGAAAGCUCUGAAGAGCAUUGACUUCCUCAAAGUUGUGGAAGAGGUUCCUGAAGAAGCAGAGGUGGAACUGGAGCCAGAGGAACCCAAAGAGCCCUCUGUCCAGAACGUGGAACCAGAACAGCAUCAGGAAACCUUGGCCCAGAACCUGGAACCUGGUGUAGAAGCAAUUCCAGAGCUGAUAACCCCACCAGAGGAACCGACUGCAAGCCCGGUGAGUUACACCGUGGAGCCUGCAGAGGCGCUUCUGCAGCCAGAGACUGAAGACCCGGACGUAGCUGAUGGAGGAUCUGGUCUCUUGAACAGGGGUGUCAGACUGGGGGUGGAAAUGGGACUGAGUACCCAGGGCCCUCAUGUGAGGAGGGCCCAAAAAGAUGCUGGAAUGAAUAGCUCUGGAUGCGGGGAGGGGCCCAUAGAGAAUGCCUUUCUACAGGGCCCAGAAUUUUGUGCUGCACCCCUGCUGAUGAAGAACAAGGAGGUGGAGAAAGAGGAGGCGGAGGGACAUGCUGAUCCUGUUAAAGAGGGAAACGUCUGUGAAGAGCAGGAGGGAAUGAGCACAGUACAGGCUGUCACUCUGCUCUUCUACCUGUUGGCCUUCCUGGUCAUCCUGCAGAGGGUUUGGGCUUACAUCGGCUGCUUCAUUUGCACAUAACCCCAGCAGGAGACACAUCCACCCUCACUGCUGCACAGCUCAGCUGGAGACUGAGACAAGGAGUCCUGCUCGGACUGGUCCUCCUCUCUCCUCCUCGUCCUCGUCUUUCACCCUCGGCGAGGUUCCUCGCCGGCCCAGUUUCUGCUUCUCCUGGCUGAAUUCUGUCCACAAGAAGUAGAGGAAAGAGAGAAGAGAAGACGUUUCGCUGAGGAGAGAAUGCAAAAAAAGAUGAAGGAGAGGACAGAGAGGAGUUUUUAGAGAAGAUGUUUUUGCUGUUGAGAGAAAGCCAAAAAAGAUGCACUCCAGAGUCAGAUUUGUUAGCCCAGCGCUGCCCUGAGACUGAAAACAUACGUGCACUUGGAUAAAACUUCAGAGUUGCAGCAGUUUUAUCAACCGUCUCUGUUGUGUUCUGAAUAUUCAUCCACUUUAAAAGAAAUUAGGACAAGAUAGGAAGAGAUCUGCUCUGGAUCUGUACUCUGUUGGGCUCUUAUUUUGAAAGGGCACUGAGAAGAAGCCUUUGCUCCUCACAACGUUCAAGUUUGUGACUUUAAGUAGCAGUGUCGAGGAAAUAGUAUUUGAAACAGUAUUAGUAAUAUAUCAUUGUACUAGCUGUAGUUGUGGUACAACAGUCAGUGUACUUAAGUACAAUGUAAUGCUACUUUAUAAUUCUACUCCACUACAUCUCUGAUGGAAAUAUUGUACUUUACUCUACUACAUUUAUCUGACAGCUUUGGUUCAAAAAACUAAAAAAUCAUUUAAAAACAUAUUUUUAUAUGAUGCAGUACUACAAUCUACCCAGUAGUAUAUAACGUAUGUACAAUUAGCUCCACAUUGAUAAGCUACAACAUUAAAAUCUAUUUGUUAGUCAUAAAAACAGAAUAAUAUACAUUAUUAUUAUAAUAUAAUAAUAUAUACAGUGUAUAUAUAUAUAUAUAUAUAUAACUAAAAAAACAUAACACUUUGAAAGGAGCUGUUGUGCAUGUUGAUUACAUUUUGCUAAUAAUACAUGGAUGGAUACAUUUAUUUAUCAUUUUGAAUUCAGGCCUUUUACUGGUAUAUGAUAUGAUAUUUUAUUUCCGUGUCACGCCACUAAGUGGCCCAUCCCACACGGAAUUACGCGACGCCAAUACAAAAUUAAUUUCAUCCACAGCUUCCGGUACUGGUAAUGCAGUAUUUCUACAUUUACUUAAAGGUGCCCUGCCACACAAAACCUUUUUUCUUGUAUUUUUUUAAAUCUGUCCGGUCCAUAUGUGUGUGUGAUAUGUGGUGAAUGUGAAAAUGAACUGCUACCUCCUCU